CCACAGUCCGGCCGAGACAUGGAGCAGCAUCUCAGCUUCCGCGGCCGCCGGGCCCUGGUGACCGGGGCCGGCAAAGGGAUCGGCCGCGCCGUGGCCGUGGCGCUGGGCAGGGCCGGGGCCCGCGUGACCGCGCUGAGCCGAACGGCGGCGGACCUGGAGAGCCUGGCGCGGGAGUGCCCGGGCAUCGAGACCCUGUGCGUGGACCUGGCGGACUGGGAGGCCGUGGAGGCGGCGCUGGGCGCGGCGGGGCCGUUCGAGCUGCUGGUGAACAACGCGGCCGUGGCGGAGCUGCAGCCGUUCCUGCAGGUGACGCGCUCGGCCCUGCAGCGGUCUCUUGAUGUGAAUUUUGGGGCUGUGCUUCAUGUUUCCCAGAUAGUUGCUCGGCAGAUGAUUGCACAAGGGGUGCCAGGGGCCAUUGUGAAUGUCUCCAGCCAGGCAUCGAAGCGUGCACUGAGGGAUCAUGCUGUUUACUGUUCCACAAAAAGUGCUCUGGAUAUGCUGAGCAAAGUAAUGGCAAUGGAACUGGGACCCCACAAGAUUAGGGUGAACACUGUGAACCCCACCGUGGUUAUGACUGACAUGGGGAGAAUUAACUGGAGUGACCCUCAGAAAUCUGCUGCCAUGAUUAAUCGGAUUCCCCUGGGAAAGUUUGCAGAGGUGGAUGAUGUGGUGAACAGCAUUCUCUUCCUGCUGAGUGACAAGAGUGCUAUGACAACUGGCAGCUCACUGAUGAUUGACGGGGGCUUUCUUGUCUCCUAAGAUGACACCUGCAUUUCACACCUGGCCUCAAUUUUUAUAUUAAUACUCCUAGAUGUAAAAUGGAUAGAAAACAAUGACUCACUUCUUGCUGAAGGGGCAGCAGGGCUGAAGACUGUAUUAGAAGUGAGGCAGAAAAUCAGCUUUGCAAGGCUGCUAUGUAAUAAAGCUCACAUACACCUU